AUGCAAACGUACCUUGGGGAUGGUAAUUGUUCUUCUUUAACCUGGUCUUAUGCCUUUGAGGUCGGUAUUAAAGGUCAAUCAGUACCGUGCGCCGAUCUCUCUGUGAGCUACGCUUUUGUCGAACGCAGACCCCUUUACAGUCCUGUCAAGGAAGAUGGUGAUAGUUCGGAUGAAUUGGAUUGGGUUCGCGAAAGACUGAUUUGCGGUGGCAAGGUCCUUCACGAUAUCCAUUUGUUGGCGCCUAGAACCGAAGCCUUUAUAUACACCUACGCUCUACGUGUGAACUCUAAUCCUUGA